CUCACUCCCACUCACUCUUUAUUGAAUACCCUUUUUUCCUCACUCACGUCGAUUCACAACUCAUUGUCACCUGUUGUCACUGAAAGCCCCCACCUGAACACUCCCGCCACACCUCAUUUCUGCCAGGCUAUGCGACAGUCUUUUUUUUUUUCAAGUUUACAAAAUUGUAUUUGUGUUUCGCGUUCCACGCUGCCCAGAUCUAGCGAUGUCUUUCUGGAUUAUGAUAGUUCUACUUUUAAAAGGUGUUUCUAUUUGGCAAGUCUAGCCAUAGUUUCGUUGAACUGUAGAUUAGUUAGUAAUUUGACACACUGAUUGAUGGUGGCUUGUUCUUAAUUACACUUUGGACUUAUACAGAUUGACGUCUAAUGCUAUGGAUUAAUAGGACGUAUACAGAUUGACGUCUAAUGUUAUGGAUUAAUAGGACGUCUACAGAUUGACGUCUAAUGCUAUGGAUUAAUAAUACAACAGCUUCAAUCAACUGACCUCAGCCAUUGACCAUUGAGAUACUGUGAGAGAACAAGUGACAGCUAUGCUCUAACCAGAACCCCCUUCCCCCACCCCCCAAAAAAAAAAAAAAAAAAAAAAAAAGAAAGAGAUUGUCAUCCAUGAGCCAGAUGACCACGCUGGAAAGGCAGCCAUGUUUAAACCUUAAUCACAGCUGCAGCAAUGUCUAAACUCAUGCUGACCCGAACGGGGACAACAGUUCUCAAAGCCAGGAGGCGAUACAGCAGAUACAGGCGCCCUCGGAGGCAGUCAGCGCCCACCGUUUUGCAGAGGACUCACUAUUACUGCAAUGGCUUCUCGCCAGGUCAGUCACCCACUGGAGUCUCCCACAUUCCAGACUUUGCUCGGAUGAGGGCUGACCUCUGGCGAGCUAGGUCUGACCCCAUUCAGUGCCGAUGCGACUCUUUGAAAGCCAACUCGGACUACCUUCGGGCUACCUCGGACAUGCUUCGACUCAAGUCCGAAGCCCUUCGUUCCAAGUCGGAGCAGAUAUGCAGGAAGCGUCGAAAAGACUCGGAAGACCCGAAGACUCUUUUACAACAGUCGGAAGAGCUGAGAACUAAAGCCGAUCAACUUCGGAGGGAGUCGGACGCAUUAAGGAUACAAAUAGAGCACCUCAGGCGAGAGUCGGAGACCGCAUUCGUGUUCCCUGAUUUUACAUCGAUCCGAAAUAAUAACCUGGUUCACCUUCGUUCAUCAAGUCCCUCCAACACGUUAUUAUUACCCGCCUCAAUACCGGAAGUGGAUAGUACGCAGGAGCCGGGAAUGUCCGCAAUCAAUAAUUCGUCCAGCCUCAGAAACGAUGCAACGAAUCACUCAGCCAGGUCGACCACAAACAACGGGUUCGCCUUCUCUCUCCAGACCCCCAGACUACAGCUCGAUGGCACCGACAACGGAAUGAGGAAGCCAGCGACAGUCUACACCAAGGUAAGUGCUGUAAUCAGCCUUUUUUUUUUUCAGUGUCGGCACAUCAUGGUUGAGGAAGGUGGUUGGGGUGGCGGGUGACUUUGAAAAUAACAUAAACCCUUUUCUUAUUCUUCUUACAUUAGAACGUCGUUUAUCCGGACGUCAAUUAUCCGGAGGUCAAAUAUCCGAGCUGCCUUUUUUUGUUUGUUUGUUUUACAGUACGGUAUCUAAGUGUUCUUGUAUGAUGUUCCACGUUGGUGCAGCUAAAGAUCAGCAAUUAUUUCUCUCAAUAUAGGUAGACUACUUCAUUAAACGCUGUUCCUAUCUGUUUGACGUAGGAUACGACUACAAUUUUAUGUUUACGUACAAUACCUCGAUAUAAAUUUUCUUUAUAGUUUUGGUGAAGCCGUUUAUAAUAUUCCUAAUUCGGUUAUCAGGACGAUCGACUAUCCGGACAGACCCCGUUCUCUAUCUGGAUAAGCGACGUUCUGCUUUAUUGUUUAUUAGUAAAUUCACAAUACUUCCACCAUCUACACACUGCAUCAUACAGUCUAUCCAUAUCUUACCCAUGU